CGGGACCCAGACCAAGACUCAGUUAUCCACCAGACACGGGAGGGGACGGACGUGCGCUCCUCUGCUCCCCCCUCCCUCUCCUGCCAGUGCGCGUGGCUAUAUAGAAUAUUGGACAGAAAAAAAAAUAAUGUAGGCCUAUCCCUGCCCCCCCCUACCCCCCCCUCCCCCGUGCCCAGGGAUGUCUAGGAGGAAGCAGAAAUUCCCUUUACAUCUUAAAAAUGACAAACUUGGAGAAGAAGGAGGAGGAGAAGAAGAAGAAGAAGAAGAAGAAGAAGAAGAGGAAGAGGAGAUAAUAGAAGGAGGAGGAGGAGGAGGAGGAGGAGCGGAGGAAGAAGACCUGGUGGAAGUGGAGGAAGAAGAAGGAGGAGGAGGAGGAGGAGGAGGAGGAGGAGGAGGAGGAGGAGACACCCCCCUCCACCCCCCUAUAUUAACAGUACAAGUGAAUGGAGAGACAGAAGAAGAAGAAGAGGAAGAAGAAGAGGAGGAGGAGGAGGAGGAGGAGGAGGAGGAGGAGGAGGAAGAGCUGAGACCACCACCACCACCACCCACCACCACCACCACCACUACCUCCAAAAGUGCCAAAACGGGAGAGGAAGACGGAGGAGGAGGAGGAGGAGGAGGAAGAAGAAGAGGAGGAGGAGGAGGUGAAGACCAGCCUCUCCUUAACUGCAGUGUCAUAUUGAAUUGUGCCAAACAGGAGGAGGAGGAGGAGGAGGAGGAAGAGGAAGAGGUUAGUGCCAUAAAGGAAGACAAGAAGGAGGAGGAAGAGGAGGAGGAGGAGAGGAAGAGGAAGAAGAGGUACCAGUGCCCCGUGUGCUUCGAGAGGUUUGAGAGUAAAAGAGGAUUUAACGCCCACAUCUUCAUACACUGUCAGCUGGUGAACGGGGCUCUGGUGGGGGGCAAGAGGGGAGCAGCCGACCCCCUCCCCCUCCACGCCCCCCACGGCAGGAAGAGAGAGAGAGAGGAACAGGUAGAGGAUGUGACAAGAAGAAGAAGAAGGAAGCUGGAAGAAGAGGAGGAAGAGGAAGAGGAGGCGAGGAGAGAAGACACAAGAAGAAAUGAAAUAAAAGAGGAGGAGGAGGAGGAGGAGGAGGAGGAAGAGAAUGGUAUGCCUCUGGACCUAAGCUGCCGAGGAACUGGAAUAUCUAAAACAAAACCAGGAAUAUCUACUGGAAUACUUAGCGGCGGAGGAUUCCAGCCACCUACACACGCACAGGAAUACCCCAGCAACACACACGCGCACACACGACACGCACACGCACACACACACGCCUGGCACACACCAAAACACACACACACACCGGCCGCGCUAAGCCAAAACGACCAAACAUUUUCCAGCAUAAACUCACUCACCACAGCCCCGACACUAACCACAGCUACCACAGCCUACCACCGCAGCCUGCCACACCUGCCCGCGCCACAGCCCUACCACAGCAUCGCGGAGAGGAGCUCGUUAGAGGAUGAGAACGACAAUCUUGUGAACGAGGCGAGAGAGAAAGAGAAAGCGUUUAUCGAUUUAAGUCAAAACGAACAGUAUUUAACCAAAGACUCUACUGGUUUUGACCCCCCGCCUCCCCUGCCGCUGUACGGGGUGGGGGGAGCUGUGAGGCGGGUGCGUGUGGGGGGUGACGAGGGGCCCCCAAUGGUGUACAGUGUGCGUCUACAUGCUGAACAGGUCCUCGUGUCACGGAUCCUUGGCGUGAACGACGAGACCGGGGACAAGAUGGAGCUAUAUAAAUGUUUCAUGUGCGGUGUGGCCUUCUCCUCUGUGUCCCGUCUCCAGGCGCACCUCUGGACACACAAGCAGAAAUUUGUGUGUAGCAAGUGUAGCUUUUCCUGCGAUUCCAGAGUUCUUUUCUCCUCCCACGUGCAGAGGGAGCAUCUGUCCGUGGCUGCGGGGGGUGUGGGUGGUGGUGCUGUGGGUGGCGGUGGUGCUGUGGGGGUCAGAAGAGACGAGACCCCAGGGCAGCACCGGGGCAGCGUGGGACAGCCAAUUGAGGACCCAAGCAACGCCGAGAACACCGUCACUGUGGCUGCCCUCCUAUCAGCGCUGCGGGAGAAAGCAAGGGGUGGUGGCGGGGGGUCUGGCGGGGGGCUAGGCAACAUGAGCCCAGUCCCAGAUGAUGAAACGGACGACGGGAGCAGCGGCGAAGACUCCUACUCCUCCCCGGGGUGCGAGGCGGGGCAGGGGGCGCGGGGCAUGGCGGGGCAGGGGAGAUGUUUAAAAUGUACUCCUGUAGGUUCUGCGGGAAGAAAUUCGACCGCGCGUUCUCCUGCAACAGACACGAACGGGUCCACACAGGGUACAAGCCUUGUUUUUGUAGGGUUUGUGGCCGAGGGUUUUCCGAGCCGAGGAACCUGCGCCACCACGUCAUCAGAUUCCACAGCGACGGCUCCCUGCGGCACCUCAUUAAACGAGACAGGAGACGAAAGGGUGAAAACGACCCUAACCCGCCACACCCCGGCCCCAACUCCCCGCCGUCCCCACCGCUGCCCCCCC